GCACAGCUGGGUCGCUGGAACGGCAUCAACGAGGCUUGCUCCAACAUCUCCAUGGCCAUCGCGCCUCUGGUCUUUGCCACAGUGUACGACGAGGUGGGCAACGUGAGGGGCCAGGAGAUGUUGGUUUGCACCUCCGUGAUCUCCCUGUUUGCGCUGGGCGCCUACAUCCCCCUGGUGUCCAUGAUGCCCAAGAAAGUCAAGGAAGAGCCGGAAGAGAUGAAAGAUGUUUCCUACUACGAGGCGCUGUCGGAUGCGGAGUUCAACGAGCUGCCCAUGGAGGUCGUGGAGCUGGUGGCCAGCAAGAUGCUGGAG